AUGUAUAGUCCUGUCAACUUACAGUUUCAACAGUCAAAUGGGAAUUUCGACCCCCACUGUCCGUCAAACGAUCUUCCGUCAUCGUUUGUGUAUUUAAGAGACCCUACCAUUCGUUGUUCUACAGAAUCGUCAAAUAAUAGUUCAGGACCGAAUCCAUGUGUGACAGGUACAAAAACAAGCUGUGUAUUACAGAAAGAGCAGUUGCGUCACAACCCUUACGUUGUACAACCGAAUACAAGUGUUUUUGAACAAUCAUCUCCAGAUGAAUUAAAUUCUACGAGAAGCAGGCAACAAAAAUCUCAACAAACAGUUUCAUCCAAUGAACUCACACAAAGUUCACUGUUUCCAGGGAAUCCUGUGAUUAACCCAUCAGUUUGGUCAUCUUGGGAGUCUGUUAACAAGUUGUUACCUGAAAACCGAGUAACGACAUCUCAAUCUUACACAUCUGGGAAGUCCCAAAAUUUUAAUCCCCAUUCUCAAACAAAUGUUGCCCUUCCUAUCCCUAUUCUAUCCAAUUCAGCUAUGUCAGAUGGGCAUUCAGAAAUACAUGUGCACUCUGAAUGUCCUCAGAGUUCAAUCCACACACUCAGUACAGACUCAAGAAAAGCUGCUGUCACACACAAAAUAGGUCCACUUAUAACAUUGGCUGGAGUUGAUGGAUCGUUUCGGCUUCCCGCUGUUUUACCUGAAUUCAAUUUCAAAGAGUCUCCAUUUUUCAAACUGAUCGAUGUUCUUUUACCUCCGCAAAUCAUUCUCCCGGCCCACAUUGGUUUUGCUACUGGACGUCGAUCUUAUGACCGUUCUUUGGCCUUGAGGUUCACAUCUGACCAAGUCGAAACCAUUACUUAUCACUGCUGGCGUGGAUCUGAUGAACGAAUGGAAUUCGGAGUGCAAGUUAUUAUGCGUUUUGCUCGUCUAGAUCCUCAAGCCUGCCAACAUCUAGUACAGACAUAUGAGUUGUAUGGUAGUCGCAAGUCAUCUAGUUUAUCAUUGGAUAAACUCAUUCAAAUACCAUUAGCUGAAGAUAGUUUACCAGUUCAUUUGAUAAUUCAAGUAAAUGGUCGGCCUAUCCAACUCCCACCUCUUUUACCAAGUAAUCGUCCAGGAAUGGAUGGACGUCGUAACCCUAGACCUAUUAAUAUCACUCAGUCUCUUCAUGUUUCCCCUACUGUUCCAAACUAUAUUAAAUUAACUUGGACUCAUGACUAUUCUAGCUAUACUUAUAAUGUUGUUGGAAUAUACUUGAUGCGUAGACGUUCGCCUCAACAAUUAUGUGGUCUUCUACAUUCGACUUCAUUUCAAAAUGCUAGUGUAAUGAAAAUGGAAAUCAUAAAAAAACUUAGUCCUAACGCUACCACUGGUAAUAUUGGUAGUGUUAACAACCAAAGUCAGUCUUUAGCCCGUAAUGAGAAUGACGAUGAUGAUGAUGAUGACGAUUUAGUUAUGCCAAAUACACUUCCUGUUCAACUUCUUUGUCCUUUAUCUAAAUGUCGUAUUGAAGUACCUGUACGUGGACGUAAUUGUCGUCAUGUUCAGUGCUAUGAUGCAACAACUUAUCUUAUAAUUAAUGAACGUAAACCAACUUGGAAUUGUCCUGUAUGCGAUGGUAAAGCUGUUUACGAAGAUUUGAUAGUUGAUGGUUUAUUCUUAGAAAUAUUGAAUUCUAAACGUUCUCAAGAUCUAGAAGAAAUUAUAUUUCAUUCGGAUGGUUCUUGGUCGGCCCUAGGCGAAGAAAUGGCUUCUAAUCAAUCAGAAAAUACUAAUGAUAAUAAUACUAAUAAUAGUAAUAGUAGAAAUCCAUCUGAGCCAUCUCCGUGUACUGAUUAUAAUCAAUUAUAUAGUUUACAAGAAAGCCCCUAUGCUUCAAGUCACAUUACUUCAAAUUCAAUUAGGUCAGCUACUGAUUCAGCUGGUUCUUCAUUUGUACCAUCAUUUAAUACUUUGUCUCCUGCUAGUUCAAUAAAUUCGUUGUCUAAUCCAAACAAUUCCUAUCCUAAUACAUUAUCAAUGUCUCCUGCACUUGCUGUACGAACUGCAGCAAUUACACCAUUGAUAAGGAAUGAUGUGGACAAUAUUUCUGCCCCAAAUACAACAAAAACUACUUCUACUACUAGUACUACCAUUAAUAGUAAUUAUCAGGCCUCGGUUACUGUUCAAUCUUCACGAGAUAAAGAACAAAAUCAGUAUAUAUCCCAAGAGAUUCCCUCCUUCACUAUUGACUUAACAUUAUCUGAUGAUGAAAAUGAACAACAGGGCAUAAGUGCUCGAGAAACUGCAAGUAGCAUUCAAGUUCCUACAAAGAACAAUAAUUCUUCUUCGCGUCCUAUAAAUACAGUUACAUCGUAUUCUUCUUCAUCAUCGUCGUCAUCAUCAUCUUUAUCACCGCAAUUCCCUCCUAGUGAUUUAUCUCAAUCUUCACAUUAUUCUGAAAACAAUUAUCAACAUCCAUUCUCAUUAAAUACGAGUAAUAAACCGUCUUCAACAGCAUUAUCAAGUACUUCUAACUCUAAAAGUUCUAAUCAGUCGAGUUCCAUAUCUCUUGUUUAUUCAUCAGAACCAAAUUCUACACAAUCAGUUAGUGUUAGUCAAAAUCUUGGAGUCCCUAGUGUUUCUGUAACGAAUGUCCCUUCAAAUCAAAGGCGUUAUCCUCCUGUUAGCAGUGAACAGAAACUAGUACAAGGACCGGCUACUAGCAUACUUUGUUCUGCUACUAAAUCAGAUGUUCCUGUUAGUUUACCUUCAAUUGUCACUUCAGCAUCAUGUGGAGGUAAACGUCCAAGCUCAUCAGAUUAUAAUUUUUCAUCGUUGAAUUUCUAUCAAUCUGGGACUCAAUCUGUAAGUAAUAAUCAUGGGUUACGUUACAGUCCAACCGUUCACACUACAUCUGUUUCAAAUGAAUCCGGUCAGUAUUCUUUUCCAAUAGCAAAAGUACCUCGGAUUGAAAUUCCACAUAGUCAACAUUAUGGAUCGUCCUCAACGCAAUCUCAGGGAUCCUAUUCUAAUAAUAAUAAUAAUAAUGGUUAUAAUAAUUCUAGACGGUGUACAACUAGUCCAUCUGGCUCAAAUUCGUAUACAUAUCAUUCCAAUAUAACUCGACAGAUGCCAUCUGAUGGAUAUCAUAGCAACAGACUUACGUCGUCAACAUUCCAUUCAGGUCAAUCUUCCGAUCAUUUUUAUCCCAAUCAACAUACAACAAAUACAAGUAGUCGAUAUACAUAUUAUAAUCCUAAUGAAUCUGGCAGUAAUAAUAGUAAUACUAAUCGAACAUACUGCUAUUAUCCAUCCUCAAGACAUGUUAGUUAUCCUACAUCCGAUUCUGGAACAAUUUAUCCAUAUAAUAGACAACCAUCAUCUCAUAUUCGUAGUCCUUACGAAACUCACCACAGAAAUGUAAUAAAAGAAAUUUACUCAAUUUUUUUCGAAUAGUACAUUACGGUGGUUGUUUUUGUUACUCUAUUUGUAGUAUAUAGACAUUUUAAGUUAACUAAAGGUUUUAUCAGUUAUUCUAACUUUUUUUCACUUAAAAUAUUUUACUUUAGAACAGAAUUAUUUAUCAGAGAUAUCUCUUGAAUAUUUUUUUAUUUAGAUGUCUGUAUUUAAUUGUUUUGUUAUAAAGGAUAUAAUUUAAUUUAUCAGUAGUAGUAUGUAUUCAUGCUCAUACAUUAGUAACAUACAAUAUAUUUGUACAAUAAUUUUUUAUUAUUAUUCAUGUAGAAUAAUUCUUUGCCAAGAGAUACACUUCAUCAUAAUUCACAAAUGAGGUCUUCUGAUAUAACUAAUUCAACAUAUUGUGGUAACUCAGUUGACUCACGUAGAGGAUUUCAUUGACGUUGCUUUAAAUUCGGUAAAUUUCAUGUGAAUAAUAUGUUUUAUUUUAAAAAAUUGUACAUUCAUUUAAUUUUAGUUGUGUUGCAUAAGUUUAUAAUGCUUUCAUUUAAAUUAUAAAUAUAUAAAAUAUAAUUAGGUUUACAAAUGGUUAUUCCCACCAUGUUACAGUACAAGCUAUGUAAGUUUUCUGAUGGAUUAACUUCAACCCAUUACUUAACGGAAAUUAAUUAGGUAUUCUAUUUAGUUAUAUAAAUGUAUUAUAAUUAGAUUUAGACUGUCGUGGCAAAGCAUUGUAACAGUAUUCAAAAUUAGUUUUUGAAAAUGUUGACCGUGUUUUCUGGAAUAUGUAAAUAAGAUAUUAUUUCCUUUGUAUAAUUCUUAGAUGAACAUCUGGACACUAUAUAUAUAUAUAUAUAUAGACUGAAAAGUUUCAAAGCUGGGACAGUGAUGGAUUAAGGCAAGCUUCUGUACUUCUUAACAAUACAGCAGAAAAUUAUUAGAAUUUUUAAAUGUACAUAAAGAAUGGGAUUCGAGAUUUAUUAUGUUUCAUAAAAAAUGAAUACUGCUGUACGGUUUCGUUAGUAUUCUAAGACCCCCAGAUACUGGGAUAUCCCAAUAAAUAUCUUUUGCAUUUUUCUAGAUAUUUGAGAUUAACAGCCAUUUGUUCUGUGAGUCAAAUUGUUAUCUCCGUUUAAAACAUACUUCAAGCUCUAAUGAAAAUUAUUGCUACGGUCUUAGCGUGCAUAACGUGUCUCAUUUAUUUCAGUUAUUAAAAGAAAAUAUAUUGGUAAAUUAUUUGCUUUUCUUAUUCAUAAAUCCAUUUUCAACUUCACGAUCCUUUAUUCAUUAUUAUCAUCCACAUUUACUGACUCCUAAUCUCCCAAUGAUGUCUUCAUUUUGACAGAUCUGAGGAAAACGGGCUACUGCCAUUUGUAUUUAUAGUUCGAUGCAUCGCCUAUGAAUAAGACUGGUAAAAUUUAAUCAGUCUACAACUAUGAUUUAGGUCUAUAUGUUUAGUAUGAACCCCAAUGUAUCUACCUCAGUUUAUAACGUCGAAUAAUAUCUCUAACCUUCGUUUAAUAAAUCAGAUUCAAACCUUCUUACACAAUUAUGUACUUGGUUUUAUUAACAUUCUUGAAAUUCAUCAAGGUAUAUACCUGAUGUCAUCUCAUCAAUUGAGUGUGCAUAAACUUAUAGAGUAUGUAAGGUAAAUAAAAGCCACAUUCAUUUCAUUUCCUAUUAUUAACUUAAGAAUUAAUCGUCAAUAUUAUUGUAGGUUUUCUAUGAAUGUAUUAUUAUUAACUAAUAGUUUUAUUAGUGUAACUGCAUUUUCUUUUUAGAUUUUCCUGAUAAAAAAGAAGAUAACCGUUUCAUUAUUUCUGAUGAAUUCUUCUUUCUCUGUUAAUUGAAUGUACACAUUUUUCAAUAAUUUACUUUCUUUCUACCUUUUUGUCUUAAGCAAAAGAUUGAUUUGUAAAUAUUAUUCAUUUUUGUAGACAAUAAUAACUCAUUGCGCUUAUUGCCUUCUCUUUUUAAUGUAUAACAGAAUUUACACAGAUUACAUUUGCAUUUUCUUUUCCAUGUUGGUUUUUCUGUAAAUGAUUUUUAUUUUUAUGUAGACUACUUAAUAAAUAAACUGUAACAGGAUUAUUUAUCUAUCGUAUAUAUACAGUUAAUCUUUCUAUUUUCUACUGCCCACUGCUGUGACAUUAUGUCAACUGACGAAGUUUAGUAAAAAAAGCAUGGAUAAAUCAAAAACUAUAGUUUUUUUACUUUUAAAUACUUCUUUACUCUGUUAUCGACAUCAUUCGUUUUGAUUAGACGGCGUACACUUGAAAUUAAGAUGAAUAUGUAGAUGUACAUGUAUCUUAUCAGCGCUAUUUUAAACUUCAACACUCCAAUUAUGGUACAUGUUACAUGAAGUUUCCUUAUAAAGGGCGCCAUAUUUAUUACCGCAUUUUUCUAUCAGAUUAUUGUUCAUCUGUUAUUAACUAGGCUUAUUAAAUGACCAACCAAUUCAUUAUAUAUAGUUUUAUUUAUCUACC